AUGUCAUCACCUUCUUCGUCAUCCUCUGAAGUAUCAGAACAACAACAACACUGUUCAUUUGUAGUUCCUCUACAUCUUGUUUCAAAUUAUUACAGCACCAAUCCAAAAGUGAAUACAAUUCCUGGUCUCUAUGUUUUUCCAAAUUAUAUUUCUCAAGAGGAAGCUGAACAUAUUGUGAAUAAUAUUUUGGAUGCAAAUGGGUGGUGCAGCGGUGAAAUUUGUAGAAGACAACAACACUACGGAUACUUGUAUUAUCACACUAGACAUCAUUUACCAAAUUUACAACCAAAAAAACAAGAAGUUUCUUCAUUAAAAAGUUUGGAUUUUGAUUCAUUUUGGAGCGAAUUAUUUUGGGACAAGAUGAUCAAACGAGAUGGAUUAUUUAAUUGUGACACGUCCUAUCACGUUUGGAAAAAUAAUUUGGAAUCUAAUACUCGAGAACAACAUGAUGAAAAUGCCAAAAGAGCCGAACCACAAUGUUUGGUCAAUGAAUAUAUGGGAAAUCAAGGAAUUGCAUCACAUGUGGAUAAUGUGAAUGCAUUUGGAGAUGUUAUUGUUGGUAUUUCACUUCUCAAUCCUGUUUACAUGACCUUUAGAAAAGACAAACUAGAAACAAGAAUUUUACUUCCUCCCAAUAGUUGUUACAUUCUUACAGGAGAAUCUAGAUUUGAAUGGAGACAUGGAAUUACUCACAUGAAACAAAUUUAUGUGCCUCGAGAAUAUCUCGUUCCAGAAGCAACUAAGAGUUCAACAAAUAGUUCAUCAGAAGACGAAACAGAAGGUAAAAUGUUCAUUCGAGAGGAAAAUUAUCGAAGAAUUAGUUUAACAUUUCGAUUCAUUAAAAUCGAUGGUACCAAGAAAGUGGAAGGAAAUGAACCAAAAGAAGAAGGAGCAUGGUAA